AUGUCAAUUGAAAAUCUCAAGACCUACGACCCCUUCGCCGAAGCCGACGAGGACACAGGUGUACAAACCAAACAGACUCAGAAUUACAUCCAUAUUCGCAUCCAGCAGCGAAAUGGACGUAAGACUCUGACGACCGUCCAGGGUCUUCCGAAGAAAUUCGACCAAAAGAAGAUCCUCAAGGUGAUCAAGAAGAAAUUCGCCUGCAAUGGAACAAUCGUCAACGACUCUGAGAUGGGUGAGGUGAUCCAACUCCAGGGCGACCAGCGCAAGGAUGUCCAAGAGUUCCUCAUCGACAAGAAGGAGGGUCUUGAGUUGGAUUCCAAGACCAUCAAGGUCCACGGCUUCUAA